AUGCUUCCUGCUGAGGCUGCCUCAGAGCUUCUAGAAACCACUCUGAGCCUAAGCGUAGAGCCCUAUUUAUCAGGGGCAUGUUCCUUCCUAGACAUUGCAGAAGAGCAGGUUCAGCUUGUUAGCGAAUGCUUUACCCAGGAAAUUCUUUCAGAUACCUUAGAAAAUCACUACGAUGCGAGCAACCAUAGCAUCGGAAGCGAUAACGAUCGCCAGGCGCUUUUAUUUGUCCUACUUGUCUUGACGACUCGUGGAGGGACAGGGGUGCCUCUAGAAGAUUCUUACAUAGCCACGCAGCUCUUGGCGCGGUUGGUGCCUCUGUCUGCUGACUUUAUUGACCUGAUACUUUGCGCAUUUGCCGGGGUAAUAUCUUCUGGCAUAACGAUCCUUGAACAGGCAUCCCUGCAGGGAAAGGCCCGGUCGAAGACCCUCUCUUCUCAUACUCAAGCAAGUACCCGAAGAGCUACGCAGAACAUCGUCAACUCACAAUCCUCUGUUGGCAGCCAGGAGGAUUAUACUCUGCUUUUAGAUAUGGAUGCAGAACCUGUCGAUCUCACAGCCACUCCAGCCACUGUAAUCACGGCUAUAAUCACGGCCUUCAACAGUAUGGCUGCAUUUUUUCGAGAAUCGCCCAACUGUACGCCACAGCUGAACACUCUGACGUACCUCCGAACUAUGGCCUCGGAAACAGUGGUACGCCUGCUUAACAAGCCUCUAAAAUAUGUUACAUACACAGAAGCUCCGGCUCCGGCUAUUAUAAAAGCCGUAUUCAAGCUACUUGAGGCGCUGAUGGACUCGUUGACGGCUUAUCGCGGAGUCCUGCUAUAUGACGUCGUGAGACUACUUGUUCUCAAUCCUCAUGGAAAGCAUAAAGUAACCAGCUCUCUCUUCGUAGAAUCAGUCAGCUUGGUUCAAGCUCUGAGUCAUGAAUGUUUAUGCAGAACAUGCCUUCCACUGUCCUCGUCCACGCUUUUCUCAUCUGCAGAUUUAGAUACCUUUCUAUCAGUUUACCUUCCGCUGCUUCAGUUUAGUUUGUUGAGCAUUCACGACCUCUCCGCCAUCCGACUUUGUGGUGCCUCUGCAAUAGCCAAAUUGAUAGAUGCAAUUCUAUGCACAUUUAACACUACGGGAACUGAACCUAAGAUAUCCGCAAAAUAUCAAGAGUUGUUUUUCAGCAGACUAAUCUCAUUCUUCCAUGCCUUGGUCAAUCAACCCAAAGCUACCUACAAGUUGGCUGUGCUUGAUCUAUUAGCAGCCAUCUUUAUCAACAAAGCAAUCUGUCUUAAGCUUGAGGCCUCUACUGAUUUUCUCGAGCGGAUUUGCAUUGAUCUCCUUUUCCCUCUCGCAUGCGAUCAGGACGACUCUGUUGCAGCAUCUACCCUCAAUCUGUUGACUCGUUCAUAUUCUAAUAAGACUAUCUCAAGAUACAUCACAUUAUUAGUUUAUCCCCUUUGCUUAUCUUUUACGCUAUUGUUUCGGGCAAAUAUUAAGUUGCAUUUAGUCAUUCAGUCUGUUGCCUUGCGGAAGGCCACAACAUAUUUUCUCGGUAGCUGCAUUAUUUUUGACACAAGCAAGCUCUUGGAUGCUAUUAUCCCAAGGUUAAAGUCCUCUAAUAAUCGCAGUACCAAUAACAGCGAUAAUAGAGAUGCCGAUGAGCCUUCAGAAGAGCAGCAUAGCUCACCACCCUCCCCACAGACUUCACGACCUAACGGUGAAGUUAACGCUGAGGAGGAGCCCCUGAGUUUGUCGAUGUUGAAUGACUCUGCAGACGACGAGCUUUCGCCCCCUCACCAAGCAAUGCUUACGUUCCUGAGUAGCUCUCUAUCUGAUCGAGGACUAGAACUUCUUUCUAUUGCUCGAAAUCGCCUCUGCGGACUUUUGAAUAAUCUCAGGAUCAGUCACAUCAACGUUUCAAUCAAAGAUCUUUUAAUGGACGAGCUUUCUGUUAGAUGCCAGGACUCUUCACCUGUAGUACGCAAGCUAGCUAUCAAUACCAUGCUAGAGUGCGCCAACGUAAUCCCUCUGUCUUUGUGGUUCGAAUGUGUAUUCAAUUCUCGAGGCGAGUCAGUCGACGGAUCCGCAAAUAUUGUUUUAGAGCAUGCCAUGAAGAUCCUGCUCCAUCCAAUCCUGGAUUGUUUACCAAAUAGCGACGUUUCUACUGGCUCUGUGGAGUGCAAGAUUUCUCUUCUGUUUGGAGGCGUGCUAUUUCAUCUUGCACCUAAGUAUGAAGGUGCUGAACAGCGUGUAACUAUCACCAGUCUUUCAUAUACCGUUCGAAACGUGCUAAAGCAGCACAGUCUAUCUGAGUACCUGCAGCUGUUGGGUUGUGCAAUAGAAACACCGUUAAAGCUCACACAGACUGACCAAGUUGCUUGUGGGGCACUAGUUUUAGCAAUAGGCUGCACCACUAUGCUUGUUCAUUGUUACGAAGGAACAUUUACCAUUGAUGAUGCUGCGGCGAUUGAUCUGCCGUUUUCCUACGUGGCACCGUUAGCAGCCACUGGCUCUAUAGGGCCUGUGGGAUUGGCCACAAUCUAUAACCCGAUACUAUCGGCCUCACUUGAGACAGAUACCAUUGGAGUGGGUCUCUCGUAUUUGCUUCUGUCCUGCAUAUCAUUACUGUCUGACUUCUUGCAAAAUGAGGACCCGCAGCAUAUAAGUAGUCUUAUGUUUGCAAUUGAUAAAGAUAAUUUGGCAAGAGUUUUUCUGCAGAAGAUUGAUUUGUUACUUGGAUUCUUGGGUCUUAAGCACCAUAAUGCUAAUCUUGUUGAGAAGUCCCAUGUGUUCUCCGAUAGCGUUGUUUUGAUUAUGAAGAAUAUUCUGGAAGGUAUUGCAUGCUUUCUGCACAUCUAUCAGCUAUCCGACACAUCGUUAGGUGGCCAGUGCAAACGCUUUUUGCUUAAAUGCAUUCCUCUGGUAGAUAUUUCUAUGCACAUGCUUCAUACAGUCUUUCCAGAGCUUUCAGAUGCAUUAAAUUUGGAGCAUGAUGGUCCUUCUGCUCAGUCAAGCGUUCAUCAGGAAGAGCGUCCAAGAACAGAAUACGCGUCCUUUUCACUUGGCUAUCUAGAUGCAAUAGUUGGCCACACAUCAUGUCUGUCACAAAUUGUCAGAAUAAGCAUCUCUAUUUUCUCUAAUGAAAACCUUCCUUCCACCAUCGCAGAGUUGCAGGCAUUGCUGUCUAAUGUCCAGGCGGCUGUCUUGGCACGAUUACAGCACAUAGCGAUCAAUGCCUCUGCUCUUCUGGAAGGAAAGACAGAUGCAUCAACAUCUACUUCCACUUCCACUUCCACUUCUACAAUCAUUCAGCAAUUGACUGAGGGACUGGCUCUAAACUCAGCAGAGCUCACCGACCUUUGCAACGGCACCCCUCCUACUUGUCAGUUGUGCGCCCAUGUACUAAGAAACAUAGUAUCUGAGGGAUUGGUGGAGCAGCUGGGAACUAUGAAAAGUGCUCAAUUUAGCGACAUCUGCCUCGGGGUAGCAUCGUUAAUAGGAGAAUUCAGGGCGCACAUGACAGAACUGGUACGUAAAAAUAAUGACAAUGGCUCACCAGAUCUCCACGUAGUGUCCAAGUUGCUUCAACUUUGUGACAAUCUUUCCGGCACUCUGAUCAGUUGCCUCGGCUACCACGUCCUUCACCUAGACCCUUUGAAAGAUGCGCCUGCACUGACUGCAUACCUCUCUUCCUUGUCACACAUCUCACUAAAGCAUUGCAGUCCACAGGCUAGAAACAAUAGCCUUCUAGCAUUGGCGUCUCUGUGCUAUCUUGUCCCAGAUAUGGCUGGAGACCACCUUACUAUUCUGUUGCCCCUUAUGGAAGAGUGCUCUCUUCUCAUUCGCCGCCAAGCUCUUCUUGUUAUCAGUGACCUUCUACUUAAGGAAUACCUAAGGAAGGAGCCCGCUUUACUUCUAGCUUUGUACUCUCUCAUUGCAAAGGAAACUAACUACGAGUUUCGUCUAUUUGCGCGAAGAAUAUGUAUUGAGCCUCUGCUCAGAAAGGUACCAACAUUCAUAACCCAUUCGUUCCUAGAUGUACUGCUGAUGCUGUCUGGGUCUCAAGGCUUUACUAGAUGCCCUAUUACUCUAAUUGCACUUAAGAUCAUAGAGAUAACGAGCUUUUCUGGCCCAGAAGGCCUUCGGGGUGUGCACAACACUGACUCGGAGAAGGAGUUACGUGAAAAGCUUGUCAAAACACUAUCAAUCCAAUCCAGUACGCAUCGGCACGACUUCUAUGUUUUUCUAUUAGCAUUGCUAACCCCUCCUAAGCGUUUUGAGAUCUUAUCAAUCAUGCUCAGAGAGUUCUUAGAUAAAAUAGACGAUUAUUCCACACUUCUAUCUGUAUACUCUGCACUGGAUGACAUUCUGCAACUGCUUGUGGCCGGGCUCUUUGACUAUAAGGUUGAUACGCUUGCUUAUCAGCUUCCUGAGUCUCAACAUUCACAAGAUGAUGGUCUUUCUGCAGAAAAGGUGGCCCUUGUGGCGUCGGUAAUUGGACGCCUGUCAGACAAGUACUCUCUUGACAGACUUCUCCCUGCUCUUCUACGAAUCUACUCUCUAUGCAGAGACAAUCAGCUGUCUCUUACUGUGAAGCUAUCCGAGGCAAUUCACUCUGUUCUGCGGCGUUCCAAGAUAUCGAUAGUCGAUCUUAAGGAGGGCUAUCCUCAGUUUGGUGCCGAGUUGUUGGAACUAAAGCUGCUAGAUGACGUAGACGGGGUACGAUAG